UUCACAUUCACUUUCUCCAACGGUUACCGCUAACAUCAGUGGAGCAAUCGCACUGCGAUGGCGGUGGAGGCGAUUUCUCCUGACUGGGAAUUCGAUCGAUUUGAUGAUGGGUCUACGAAGAUCCAUACGGAGGUGCAGCAGAAGAACUAUGGGAAGUUUCUGGAGGAGUACACCUCUCAGCUGAAAGGCAUUGAGGACGCUCUCGACGACUCCAUAGGAGACGUGUGGGACUUCACCCUGGACCCCAUAGCCCUGAAGCUUCUCCCAUAUGAACAGUCCUCGUUGUUGGAACUGAUUAAAACUGACAACAAGGUUCUGAACAAAGUCAUUACAGUGUAUGCAGCCCUCUGCAGUGAGGUUAAAAAGCUGAAGUAUGAGGGUGAAAUCAAGUUUUACAAUGGCUUGCUGUACUAUGGUGAAGGAGUGUCAGACAGCUGUGUGGUUGAAGGAGAGUCACAGGUUCAGAUGGGCCGGUUCAUCUCCUUCUUUCAGGAGCUGUCCUGUUUUGUGUCGCGGUGCUUUGAGGUGGUGGUCAACGUUGUCCAUCAGCUGGCGGCGCUCUACAACAGCAACAAGGGAGUCACAAAAAUCAUUGAGUCGUCAGGAGUUCAUUUUCAGACAGUGUAUGAGCACCUGGGGGAGCUGUUGGUGGUUCUGCUCACUCUGGAUGAGAUCAUGGAGAAUCACGGCACCCUGAAAGACCACUGGAAGAUGUACAAGAGGUUACUGAAGUCAGUGCAUCAUAACCCUGGGAAGUUUGGCAUCCCAGAGGAGAAGCUGAAGCCGUUUGAGAAGCUGCUUUUUAAGCUAGAGGGACAGCUGCUGGACGGCAUGAUAUUCCAGGCGUGUGUGGAGCAGAGGUUUGACGACCCAGGAGAGGGAGUGUCUGUCUCUAAAAACAGUGCCUUCGCUGAGGAGUUUGCCCUCAACAUCCGCACCAUAUUCACCAACGUGGAGUCAAAGAUCGGUGAGCCCUCAGAGAUAGACCAGAGGGAUAAGUAUGCUGGGGUCUGUGGACUUUACGUUCUUCACUUUCACAUCUUCAGAACUGUCGACAAGAAGCUCUACAAAGCCCUGCUAGACAUCUGCAAAAAGGUGCCUGCAGUGACUCUGACGUCUAACAUCAUCUGGUUCCCUGACACCUUCCUCAUGGCCAAGGUCCCGGCUGCAGCCAAGCUUAUGGACAAGAAGAGUGUUCAGAGCGUUAGAGCACAGAGAGACGCAUAUCUGCAGCAGAGAGCACAGACUCUCACCAAGGAUGUUCAGUCUUACUAUGUGUUUGUGACGUCCUGGAUGAUGAAAAUGGAGGCCAUCUCGUCGAAGGAGCAGCGCAACGACAAGCUGUCAGAGGACCUUAGUAGCAGAUGUAACGUCUUUGUGCAGGGUAUCCUGUAUGCCUACAGUAUCGGCACCAUCAUUAAGACUACCAUGAACCUGUACAUGUCCAUGCAGAGACCCAUGACCAAGGCCUCCGUCAAAGCCCUCUGUAGACUGGUCGAGCUGCUCAAGGCAGUGGAGCACACGUUCCACAGGCGGUCCAUGGUGGUGGCUGACUCCGUCUCCCACAUAACCCAGCACCUGCAGUCCCAGGCCCUCAACUCCAUUGGCACCGCUAAGAAAAGGGUGAUCUCUGACAAGAAGUAUAGCGAGCAGCGACUGGAUGUGCUGUCAUCUCUGGUGAUGGCAGAGAACGCUCUCAAUGGGCCCAGCACUAAAGAGCGCCGCCUAGUGGUCUCUCUGGCGCUCAGUGUGGGAACACAGAUGAAAACCUUCAAAGACGAGGAGCUGCUCCCGCUGCAGUUGGUGCUAAAGAAGCUGGACCUGAUCAGUGAGCUCAAGGAGAGGGUGAAGGUCCAGUGUGACUGUAGUUUCCUGUACUGGCACAGAGCUGUAUUUCCCAUCUACCUGGAUGAUGUGUAUGACCACGCUGUCGAUGCUGCACGGAUACACUACAUGUUCAGCGCCCUGAGGGACAGCGUACCCACCAUGCUUCACGCCAAACACAUGGAGUCAUGUGACCAGCUACUGGAGAGCUACGACACAGAGAUCAUGGAGGUGUUCAAUGAGCAUCUGUUGGACAAGCUGUGUAAAGAGAUAGAGAAGGACCUGCGUCUGUCUGUCCACACACACCUGAAGCUGGACGACAGGAACCCCUUCAAGGUGGGCAUGAAGGACUUGGCCCACUUCUUCUACCUCAAACCCAUCCGCUUCUUCAAUCGCUUCAUACACAUUAAAGCCUAUGUGACUCACUACCUGGAUAAGACGUUCUAUAACCUAACCACAGUGGCUCUGCAUGACUGGGCCACCUACAGCGAGAUGAGGAACCUGGCAACACAGCGCUACGGACUCAUGAUGACAGAGGCACAUCUACCCAGCCAGACCCUUGAACAGGGACUGGAUGUGUUGGAGAUCAUGAGGAACAUCCAUGUGUUUGUAUCCCGCUAUCUCUACAACCUCAACAACCAGAUCUUCAUUGAGAAGACGAGCAACAACAAGCACCUAAACACCAUCAACAUCCGCCACAUCGCCAACUCCAUCCGCACACACGGCACAGGCAUCAUGAACACCACGGUCAACUUCACCUACCAGUUUCUGAGGAAGAAGUUCUACAUCUUCAGUCAGUUCAUGUACGACGAGCACAUAAAGUCCAGACUCAUCAAAGACAUCCGCUUCUUCAGGGAGACCAAAGACCAGUCAGACCAGAAGUACCCGUUUGAGAGGGCAGAGAAGUUUAACCGUGGCAUCAGGAAGCUUGGCAUCACCCCAGAUGGGCAGAGUUACCUGGACCAGUUUAGACAGCUGAUUAGCCAGAUCGGUAAUGCCAUGGGCUACGUGCGCAUGAUCCGCUCUGGAGGACUUCACUGUUGCAGCAGCGCCAUCAGGUUUGUCCCUGACCUGGAGGAUAUAGUGAACUUUGAGGAGCUGGUGAAGGAGGAGGGGCUUUCAGAGGAGACCCAGAAAGCUGCCAGCCUGCUGGACUCUGUGCUGGGGGAUCUGACCAGUAACUCUGCCGAGGGGACAGAGUACUUCAAGAUGCUGGUGGGAGUGUUCGCCCCCGAGUUCCGCAGCAUCAAGAACAUGCACCUGAGAAACUUCUACAUGAUCGUACCUCCUCUGACGGUGAAUUUUGUGGAGCACUCCAUUGGCUGCAAGGAGAAACUCAACAAGAAGAACAAAGGAGGGGCAGCCUUCACAGAUGAUGGCUUUGCCAUGGGUGUGGCCUACAUCCUUAAGCUGCUGGACCAGUACUUGGAGUUUGACUCCCUCCACUGGUUCCAGGCAGUCAGGGAGAAGUACAUGAAGGAGAUGAGUGCUGUGGUGAAGGAGCAGAAUGUCCAGGCCACCAGUCAGGAUGAGAAGCUCCUGCAGACAAUGAACCUCACCCAGAAGAGACUAGACAUCUACCUGCAGGAGUUUGAACUGCUACACUUCUCCUUGAGCAGCGCUCGGAUCUUCUUCAGAGCUGACAAGACGGCCGCCGAGGAGACCCAGGAGAGGAAGGACAGAGGUCAGGGGUCAUGAGGGUGGGCAGAAGCGGCUGCCAAAGCAGUGCCCACAUGUACAGAUGGCUCUGAACUACUAAGGGACUGAUAAGGGACACACAUGAGUUCAUUAGGUCAUAGUUCAAAUAUCAGUUCUGGGACUAAUCUGGAUGACAGGGGUACUCUACUGGAGGAGGACAAGGUGGGGGGAAACGGGGCAGAAGACUACUGUCAUGUCCUGUGACACGAGGGAAAGUUGAAGACUGGAGUGUGUUCUUAGAGACAUGGAAGCCCCCCUUAGCAGAAAACAGGACAAUGGUGUAGAAAAUUCCAUUCUUUGCCCCUGAACUGCUGGUCCUUUUAAGCUUUGGAUUGGUCCUGGGAGGCUCUGGUGAUAGAGGGUUCAAGUAAUGAUUUGCUUCAUGUAAUUCUGGUCCCAUGUCUGCGAAGCAUCUCAUGAUUAUGCCCCCAUGGAGGUGUCUCAUCGUUAAUAAAAUGUAAUCUCUUUCUCAAAUGCUCAAACACUCGCUCUUUCUCUCUUUUGUCGAUCUCUUUCUCUGUAUGUAUGGAUUAGCUACUUUGUGGUGUUAACUGGACUGCUUAUCAUUUAUUUUGGGGGAAUGAGUAGUUAAUGUCAGGCAAAAUGUUAUUUCUUUUCUGUGGCAACAUUUUAAUUGGUUGUAAUAAAUAAUGAGACAGAGGUGUGUCUUCAGACUCUUUUAAUCAGCCUGAAUAGACUAGAUGUCAAGUGGCAUAAUAUGCCAGAGAUUAUUUUGAUAUGAUAAUCAGCAGCUCUGUAAUUAAUGACCCUGAUAUCAGGGAGAUGAUGAUGGAAUCAAUUACAUUGAUGGAUUUGUAUGUGUGUGUACAUGUUACUUUCCACUUUUUGUCCUUAGACAUAAUGCUGAAGCUCACAUCUAAAUCCUAACAUGUCUGCUUCCUCUUCUGCAGGGCUGACAUCGUAGCCUUUGUCCGUAUAAUGUUGAGCAUCACAAUGAAUGAACACACAGGAUAAUCGGAUGUUCUUGCAGAAGAGAAGAGUGAUUUGUUGUGGUAGUUGUAUUCUCUGUAAUGUCUCCAUAGAAUAUUAUGACGUGUGUGCAUCACAUUUGACUUCAUGAAUGUUUUCAAAGACAGACAUGACUUGGUAGACAUUUUAUGUUUAUAUGAAAUUCUAUUGGAUUUCACUCCUUGCCAUUGUGAUUUUCUUUAAGUUCAGGCCAGGGUGCCUUUUUGAUUGUUCAAUGAUGACUGAUAUUGUGUUUGUUUCUAUACAUAAAAUACUGGUUGAGAAGAUACUUCAUAACUACAAUGAAGAGUAGAAAAAAUACCAACUCCCUUUACUAUUUGAUUUACAGUCCAUUUAGAGCUUUUCUCAAUGUCAUUUUAUGACGCAAAGCACUUAAUCUUUUAUGUUCAAAUCAAUAUUUUCCUUUAAACACAAAGGUUUCCUGUAUCAUCAUAAAGAUCUAUGUUUCCUUGUUGCAUGCUGUCAUGUUAGUAAAGGACUUGUUUUAUUGUC